GGUUCCUGAGCCAGUUCGGCGAGAUCGAGCAGCUGCGCGUGGUGCGCAACCCCAAGACGGGGAGGUCGCGGCACUACGGCUACGUCAAGUUCGCCGCGCCUGAGGUGGCAGCGAUAGUGGCGGAGUGCAUGGACAACUACCUGCUCUUCGGCCACCUGCUCAAGACGCACCUCGUCCCCGCCACCCGCGCUGACCGCGACCAGCUGUUCUACACUCCCCACAAGAGCCCUUCAGAAGUCUCUCAGCCCAAGCCGGUGGAGACAUGGGAGGACUACAGUGAGCAGGCGCGCAAGCAGUCGAAGAAGCUCAAUGCCACCAUGAAGCGACUCAAGGCAGCUGGCAUCCAAUACGACUUCCAACCCAAGCCCAAGGCAGCGAGGCCCGAGGGGGGGAUGCACCAGCGCUUCAACGAGGAGGGCGAGGCAGCCUCAACCCCAACCCUAACCCCAACCACAGCCACAGCCACAGCCACAGCCGCAGGCGCUGCAGCAGGCAAGGGCAAGGGGGCGAAGCAAACGGGCGGGGCGAAGGAGCAGAAGCAGAAGAGGAAGGGAAAGGUGGAGGGUAAAGUGGAUGGGCAAGGGGAGAAGAGUGCGGAAGAUGCCGAGGGGACGCAAGUGCAGGAGAGGAAAGGUGUGAAGGAGGUGCAGGUGCAGGCAGAGGGUGGGGAUGGAUUGGCAGAGAAGAAGGUGAGCAGUGGGGGCGUGAGCGAGGUGACAGUGGAGGGCGAGGAGAAGAGGGGGGGUGAGGAGGACGUGGUGGCACGCGCCCAGGCUGUGGCCCAACGGCUGAAGCAGGAGGCGGAGAAAUUCGCCCAAGUGUUGGGGAAAGAUACCGUGGAUGCUGAGGAUGGUGGCGCACACGAGGGAGGGGCUGGUGAGGAUGAUGACGGUGCGGAGGCGGUUGACGAGCCAUGGAGUGAUGGGCAUGAGGAGGAGGAGGAGCUGUUGCAUGAAGAGCAGGAUGUGGAGGAGGAAGAGGAUGAGCAGAGCGAGGAUAGUGAAGGGGAGGAGGGUGAUGAGGACUAG